AUGCAUGGUUGUGAUGCAGGGUUUGAAGGUCUUCUAUGCAACAAAACUUGCAAAAACGGAACAUUUGGGCGAAAUUGUCUGGAGACUUGUAAUAGUACAUGCUAUGGCUGUAAUAGAACAAAUGGUAAAUGUGACUAUGGAUGUCACCCAGGAUGGAAGGGAACUUAUUGUCAUGAAGUUUGUGAAAACGGAACAUUUGGACGUAACUGUCUAGAAACUUGUAACAGUACAUGUUAUGGCUGUAACAGAACAAAUGGUAAAUGUGAAAAUGGGUGUCAUCCAGGAUGGAAGGGGGAUUAUUGCCAUAAAGAAUGCGAUGGUGGAUUUUAUGGACUAAAUUGUGACAUGCAGUGUGGAAACUGUUUGAAAUCUGAACAAUGUAGCCCAAUAAAUGGAACGUGCAUAAAUGGCUGCGAUAAGGGUUUUGAAGGAAUUUUCUGCAAUGAAACCUGCAAAAACGGAACAUUUGGUCAAAACUGUAUGGAGACAUGUAACAGUACAUGUUACGGCUGUAACAGAACAAAUGGUAAAUGUGACUAUGGAUGUCACCCAGGAUGGAAGGAGGAUUACUGUCAUGAAGAAUGCGAUGGUGGAUUUUAUGGAAUAAAUUGUAAUAUGCUGUGUGGAAACUGUUUGGAUUCGGAACAAUGUGACCCAAUCAAUGGAACCUGCAAGAAAGGUUGUGAUGCGGGGUUUGAAGGGAUUUUGUGCAACAAAACUUGUGAAAAUGGCACCUUUGGACGUAAUUGUCUUGAAAAGUGUAACGCUACUUGUUACGGAUGCAAUGGAACAAAUGGUAAAUGUGAAACUGGAUGCUUCCCGGGAUGGGAAGGCGACUAUUGUCAUCAAGGCGGAUUCUUUGGAGUCAAAUGCAGCAAGCCGUGUGGUAACUGUUUAAAUUCGAGCCAAUGUCACCCAAUCAAUGGAACAUGCAUGCUUGGUUGUGAUGAUGGUUUUGAAGGAGAUUUGUGUAUCGAAACCUGUAAAAACGGAACCUUUGGUCGGAACUGUUUGGAGAAGUGCAAUGCUACAUGUUACGGUUGUAAUGGAACAAACGGCAUGUGUGACACUGGAUGUUAUCCGGGUUGGAAAGGCGAUUAUUGUCAUGAAGAAUGCGACAGUGGUUUCUAUGGAGUUGAUUGCAGCGUCCCUUGUGGAAACUGUUUAGAUUUGGAACAAUGUCAUCCAUUGAAUGGAACAUGCAAAAGUGGAUGUAAUGAGGGUUUUGAAGGGAUUUUAUGCAACGAAAAAUGCGAUGGCGGCUUUUAUGGACAAAAUUGUGAGGUGAAGUGUGGAAAUUGUUUGGAUAUGAAACAGUGUCACCCAUUCAAUGGGACAUGCAUGGAUGGCUGUGAUGCAGGUUUCGAAGGGAGUUUAUGCAACAAAACCUGUACAAAAGGAACAUUUGGACGCAACUGUCUAGAAACAUGUAAUGCUACAUGUUAUGGCUGUAACACUACAAAUGGUAAAUGCGAAACAGGAUGUCAUGAAGGAUGGAAGGGAGAUUACUGUCAUGAAAUGUUUAUGUCUCCUACUUGA